AUGGCCGGCUGGGGCGGCUGGGGCUGGGGAAAUGAGUGGGGUGGCAAUGACUGGAAGCGGAAACGCGACAGCGAACCAAAAUGGAAGAACAACGAGCACCUGGACUAUGCAAAUUGCGGCCUAGGGAGCUAUGAAUCUGAGGGCGAAUGGGAGGGGAAGAGCUUCUACUGUGCCCGUUGCGCUGCGAAAUAUGCAGUGCAGGGGCAUAAGGACGACUACCACGAGGACCAUAGCCGCUCUGCAGAACCUUGGGUGGCCACUUACAAAGAGAAGUGGAAGGAUUUGAUCGAGAUGGAGUGGCAAGAGGAGCUGCAAGUUGUGGAGGAUCGUUUGAAGAAUUGGCCCUUGGCGCGCCUCGUGGGGCAGGGCUUUUGCAUCACCGAUUUGGAGGCGCGGAGACGAGGAGCUUUCUUCGGCAAGGCCAAAAUCGUCUUCUCCAAACAGAACCUGCCGAGGCAUCAAUUCUCCGCGGGGGACGAAGUCAUCGUUUCCCUGGGCAAUCCCUUGGAUAAGAAAGCCUGGAAAGGUGAAAUCAUUGAGCUGGGGAUGAGUCGCAUUGCCAUCGUGGCGGACAGUCCUCCAUGGGAGCUGGGCGGACGCUGGAGACUGGACUGCGGAGCCAAUAAGACGGCCUAUGAGAGGACCAAGUCUGCUUUGGGCUAUGUGAGUGGUGCCAAAUACAAAGCUUCAGAAAUGCGGCGCCUAGUGCUCAACGAGGAAGGUCCGUUGUUACAAGAACUGCAGGGAGAUCAGCUGGCAGACUCCAGUGAAGCCCUCAACGGGUUCAACGAGCUCAACGCGUCGCAGGAGGCGGCGAUCUGCGCGGUGUCCAGCUUCAACUUGGGGCUAAUCCAAGGGCCACCCGGCACAGGCAAGACCACCACCACCUGUCAGAUGAUCCGCCGCAUGGUUGAGAGGCGCAAGGAGGAAGGUUUGAGAUCUUGUGGCAUCCUUGUUGCUGCUGAUAGCAAUGUGGCAGUGGACCAGUUGCUGUCCGGCCUCAUACGCUUGGGGGUGAAGGCACUGGAUCCGAUAAGAUUCACUUGGUAUGAUUGGACAUGGAAAUAA